AUGGAGGGCAGUGUCAACUUCUAUCGGCCGUGGGAUCAGUACAAGAGAGGAUUUGGGAAUGUGGAGGGAGAAUACUGGCUGGGGCUGGAGAACAUGAACCAGCUGACACGCAACAGGAGGGACACGCUGAGAGUGGAUCUGGAGGACUUUGAAGGAAAUCAAGUUUUUGCGGUGUACUCCUCUUUCUCUGUGGGUCCUGAAGCUGAUGGGUAUCGACUGCAUGUUUCAGGAUUCAUCGAUGGCGGAGCAGGUAGGUGUUACAGUUUUGCUCUGUGUCUUUCUCUUUUGGUCCUUCUUGCUGAUAUUUGUCUGCUGCCAUCUCUGUUAUGUUUGUGUUACUUGCCUGCUUUGUUUGGUUCAACCUGUGACUGUUAUUAAAGACUAUUUUGGAUCUUUACCUUUUUGAACAUCAUUGUCUUUACAAGCAUUA